AAAUAACGCCUUCAUAUUUAUAACCUCGGUAUUUAGUUACAUAUUUUUUAUUCAUUUCGCUCCUAGAUAAUAAAUCACUUAAGUCAUGUAUAUGAGCUUGCUUUUCAAUAGUGUCAUUCUGAUGCUCGUUAAUUUUGGUAUCGCAUGUUAUUUUGGACGUAAAUUUUUUCGUGUUAUGAAAAAUCACUACCAAUUAGUGUCAGAAAUCGCAGACUUUAAUUCAGUUGUACGCGAAUCAAGACUUAGCUUAGAUUACACGACAGCCAAAGUAUCGGAAGCUAUUAGAGAAAUUGAGAAUGACAUUAGUGAGGAGCUGAAUAUAACUCGCGAUCUUACGGAGCUGAAUGAAAAAAUGUCUGGAGUUUUGAAACAGUUUUCAGCGCUCGAGGAAAAAGUUAUCGAGCUGGUGAGAACAAAUUAUAACAUGGAGAGCGUUACGGUUUCUACGCCAGUCGAUAUAAAUUACGAGGUCAAAAGAGUGCUGAGAAAAAAGAAAAAACUGGAGCUGGAGGGAAAAGCCCACGAUGAGCUAAAAAAUUCAGCGAAUCACGAGUGCGCUACCGGAUAAGUGAUCAGAAAA